AUGAGAAGAGAAUUGAAGAAGAAAUUCAUUCUAGAAAACUACCGCCAAGAUUGUUUCCUCAAGUUUCAUAAUUUCAAACAAAGUGAUGUGUCUGUGGAGGAGUAUACAGCAGAAUUUGACAAAUUACGCAUGCUUUGCGACAUCAUAGAACUAGAGGAGCAAACAAUUGCUCGCUAUCUUGGGGGACUCCGCUCUGAGAUUCGCAACAUUCUACAACUACAGCCAUAUUGGUCUUAUGGGGAUGUUGAGAAAUUAUCUUUAAAGGUUGAAAAGCAGAUUAAGGAAAGCCAUGGUGGUACCUCAAGAUCUUGGCUCAAGGAGGGUAACUCAAAUCGAGCACCAAUAGCUAUUGGAAAACCUGCCUCAUCUCCAAAAACAGAUGCCUUCUCAAAGUCAACCCGCAAGCAAGAAGGUUCAGCGAGUUCAAGUCGUUCAAACUCAGUUCGUUGUUUCAAGUGUCAGGGAUUGGGUCAUAUUGCAUCUGACUGCCCAAACCGCAAGAUAGUUUCGCUUGUGGAAGAAAAUGAGGAAGAAUUCAAUGAAGAAGUUGGUUUAAAUUUGGAUGAGGGACCAAGGUUUGACGAAGAAUUAACAUAUGGUGAUGAAGGAGAGAGCUUAGUCAUUCGAAGAAGUUUAAAUGCAGCCCAAGUGCAGGAAGACAAUUGGCUUCGAAAUAAUAUAUUUCACACACGGUGUACUUCCCUUGGCAAGGUGUGCAAUGUCAUCAUUGAUGGAGGAAGUUGUGAAAAUGUGGUGGCUACCACCAUGGUGGAGAAAUUAAAUCUUAAAAUGAUGGAGCACCCACAACCUUACAAGCUCUCGUGGUUGCAAAAGGGGAAUGAGGUAAAGGUUAACAAAAAGUGCUUAGUUCAGUUUUCUAUUGGGCAAAAUUAUAAGGAUGAAAUAUGGUGCGAUGUCGUUCCCAUGGAUGCGUGUCAUUUGCUACUUGGGAGGCCUUGGCAAUAUGAUAGGAAAGUCGUGCAUGACGGGUUCAGAAACACUUAUACCUUUGAAAAGGAUGGAGUUAAGAUUGUUUUGGGUCCUAUGAAGUCAGGGAGCAGUCCAAAGGCAAUGAAAGUAAAUGGAAACAACUUAUUGACCACGUCUGAGUUCUUGAUUGCUUUUGAAGAAAUUAAGGAAGCAUAUGCACUGGUGGUAAUGGAAGAGAAUGAAAUGAAGGGUGGGAUACCUCCUACAUUGCGCCCUUUGCUUCAAGAAUUUCAAGACGUCAUCCCAAAGGAAAUUCCAGCCGGGCUUCCACCAAUGAGGGAUAUCCAACAUUGCAUUGACUUCAUUCCCGGGUCCGCUAUUCCAAAUAAAGUAGCAUAUAGAAUGAACCCUAAAGAAUUUGAGGAGCUCCAGAGGCAACGGUUUCCUCGGGGCAAGCAUGGAAAGUUGAAACCACGAGCUGAUGGCCCAUUUAAAGUACUCCGGCGUGUAGGGGAUAAUGCUUACAAGAUUGAACUCCCAGGAAAUUAUGGAGUGUCAACAACCUUCAAUGUGGCAGACCUUUCUCCGUAUCAUGGCAGUGAAGACGAAGAGAACUCAGGGACGAGUUCACGUGCAGCGGAAGCGUAUGACACCGAAUCUGACCUCCUCUAA